CGCUUUAAUUGCAUUAAUCCAUUUUGAGCUGCGAUGUCUACUAAACUAUUAUCUGUCAACAACACAGUUUUCACAUGUUUGAAAACUCUCCAGAACAGUCGACCGCGAGGGUUUAGAAGUGGAGCAGCUUCCCUCGGUGCGGUGAAUUUAAAGGGUCGCAGCUGUCUCACUCUGAAAGAUUUCAGCUCAGAUGAGAUCAAGAGGCUGUUGUGGGUGUCAGGGGAUCUAAAACGUCGGAUCAAGCAUGAAAAACAGUAUCUUCCUCUUCUACAAGGAAAGUCGAUUGCUAUGAUAUUUGAGAAGAGGAGCACCAGAACAAGAAUGUCCACAGAAACAGGUUUCGCUUUGCUGGGUGGGCACCCCUGUUUCCUCACCUCUCAGGACAUCCACCUGGGAGUGAAUGAGAGCUGCACAGACACAGCCAAGGUUCUCUCAGGACUCUGUGAUAUUGUCUUGGCACGAGUGUACAGCCACUCCACAUUGGAGGAGCUGGAUAAGGAAGCCUCCAUCCCCAUCAUUAAUGGUCUGUCUGACCUCUACCACCCAAUCCAGAUUCUGGCGGACUUCCUCACCCUACAGGAGCAUUAUGGGUCCCUCAGUGGACUAACAGUGAGCUGGAUCGGAGAUGGGAACAACGUGCUCCACUCCUUCAUGAUGACUGCAGCCAAACUGGGAGUUCAUCUGAAGAUCGCUACACCAAAGGGGUAUGAGCCAGAGAGGAGUGUUAUCGAAGAGGCACAAAGACUCUCCAAAGAGCAUGGGACCCAGCUUGUCCUGACCUCUGACCCCAUGGAGGCCGCCCACGGCAGCAAUGUUUUGGUCACCGACACCUGGAUCAGCAUGGGACAGGAGGAGGAGAAGAAAAAGAGGCUCAAAGACUUUCAGGGUUAUCAGAUUACAAUGCAGACAGGAAGUGUGGCAAAACCAGACUGGACCUUCCUGCAUUGUCUCCCCCGGAAAAUGGAGGAGGUGGAUGACCAGGUAUUCUACUCAUCCCGCUCGCUCGUCUUCCCUGAGGCAGAGAAUAGAAAGUGGACUAUCAUGGGUCUGAUGGUUUCUCUUCUUACAGACUACUCUCCCCAGAUCCCUAUGCUCAAGUUUUAACUUCAGGUCUCAAGGUGGACUUUUUCUUGUGUGUCAUGAUAUAUGACAAUGAUAUGACUGACAUGUAGUUCAGUGUCUGAUUUCAUCCAUUUAGAGCACACCAUCACAACACUAGAUGGUUACCCCAACGUAUCUCUGUGUGCAUUGUUUAGUUCAGAGCAUGGAGGGCAUUGUUUGCAUUUGACUAUUUCUGCUCAAGCAUUAUUAGCCAAAGUUAUCUGUUUACAUUCUAAAUUUAGGUGAGCAUGAGGUUUACAGUGAACAUGAGGUUUACAGUGGACAUGAGGUUUACAGUGAACAUGAGGUUUACAGUGGACAUGAGGUUUACAGUGGACAUGUUUUUGCAAGACAUGUGAAUGAAAAGAUUCUUCAACUUGUUUAAUAUUGACUUGACUUCUUGGCAGUCUCCAAAAGAAGAAAACUGAAGGAGGAAACGCAAUCAGCCCAAGCUGACCAAUCACAUUCCUUGCAGUCUCCACAUGGUUUUUACGUUGCCGCUGAAACCCCAACAUGUAGUUACAUUUUUGAGUAAAUGCAUAUCAUUCUGUACGCCUAAGCCCCUUAAUGCACAUGUGUAAAUCUGGCUUUACUGUCAAAUUCUUUGUUAAUGCCAUACUCCUAAAUUACCACACCACUCUUUUUCAAGUUUUAGCCGAUUUUGAACAAAUCUUAUAUACUAAUCUUUAAGUUACAGCAGACCAGAAUAAACCAAACAGUUUGAUUCCAUUGGACUGGUACAGUAAGAAGAUCAAUUUGUAGACAUUUGAAACUGGCUUGUCAAAGGCAAUGCAGUACAGAUAACAUGGUGUUUAGCAAAUGGCCUGAAAAAUGAACAAAAACACAGGUAUCGUAUAUGUCUUGAAGCAAGUGAACUCAGUUGUAAUCCCUCUCUCAUGUGGUUAAACCUGAUUUUUGUAUAAUUUUGUAUAAGUCUGAAUGUAUACAAAUGUGCCUUUUACGUUAUGCUCCUCUCAUGUUUAAUGCCCCAUUACUUCUACUGAAGCAAAAGCAAAAUACACUAACUGUAUUAAUUGAGUAGGGUGUUGUACUAUGCUCCCACAAACUGUUAAAAACCUAAGCAACUUUUUUCCUGUUGAGAUAUUUUACUGUGAUUAUUUUUUUUAUUUCACUUUUAUUGAGGUAAAAGAAUAAAAGG